GGUAGAGGCUGAGCUUGCAGUGGGAUCUAGCGGCGGCAGGUUCGACCCCUGGGGAGAGGGGUGGGACAGGACCCGACUUCACCCCGCAGGGCCCAGGCCGCCUCCUCCCAAGGCCCCAGUGACCUCCGCGCGGAGGGAUCGAGAUGUGGAUGCCAAGGGCUCGGCGAGCGCGCGGGGCGGGAUCCUGGGGUGCAGCGGCUAGGCUGGGGUCAUGGCGAGGUAGUGACUGAAUCUCUGUUUUGCUGCUGCAGGAGAAAUGGCUGCAGAGGAAUCCCAGCUCCUGUUGGGCUCCAGGGAGCUAAAAGAGCAAUGGCUGGUGCCUGCUGAGAGACGCCCUGUGCCUGACACCUACUUAGGGUAAAUUUUUCCAUAACCUUAUGGAGAAAAAGGACUUUGAAGCAUGGCUUGAUAACAUUUCUGUUACAUUUUUUUCUCUGACGGACUUGCAGAAAAAUGAAACUCUGGAUCACCUGAUUAGUUUGAGUGGAGCAGUCCAGCUCAGGCACCUCUCCAAUAACCUAGAGAUUCUCCUUAAGCGGGACUUCCUCAAACUUCUUCCUCUGGAACUCAGUUUUUAUUUGUUAAAAUGGCUUGAUCCUCAGACCUUACUCACAUGUUGCCUCGUGUCAAAGCAGUGGAAUAAGGUUAUAAGUGCCUGCACAGAGGUGUGGCAAACUGCUUGUAAGAACUUGGGUUGGCAGAUAGAUGAUUCUGUUCAGGACCCUCUGCACUGGAAGAAGGUUUACUUGAAGGCUAUUUUAAGAAUGAAGCAACUGAAGGACCAUGAAGCCUUUGAGACAUCCUCAUUAAUUGGACACAGUGCCAGAGUAUAUGCACUUUACUAUAAAGAUGGACUUCUUUGUACAGGUUCAGAUGACCUAUCUGCAAAGCUGUGGGAUGUAAGCACAGGGCAGUGCAUAUAUGGUAUCCAGACACACACUUGUGCUACAGUGAAGUUUGAUGAGCAAAAGCUUGUAACAGGAUCCUUUGAUAACACGGUAGCCUGUUGGGAAUGGAGUUCAGGGGCCAAGAUCCAGCAUUUCAGAGGGCAUACCGGUGCAGGAAUGAGUGUGAUUGUACUGAAGCCAAGCUACUUUGAAAGGCAUAAUUACAAUGAAAAAAAGUGCUGCUUGUCUGUAAAGUGUACAGUCAAAAUGAAGGUGGUUUUGCAGAAGUGUAAAGUCAAAUCUCUCAUGCAUAGUCCUGGGGAUUAUAUUCUUUUAAGUGCAGAUAAGUAUGAAAUCAAGAUUUGGCCUAUUGGAAGAGAAAUAAACUGCAAAUGCUUAAAAACCCUGUCUGUAUCUGAAGAUCGCAGCAUCUCACUGCAGCCCAGACUGCACUUUGAUGGUAAAUACAUAGUGUGCAGUUCAGCUCUAGGAUUGUACCAGUGGGACUUUGCCAGCUAUGAUAUUCUCAGGGUCAUCAAACCUCCUGAUUUUGCAAACUUGUCCUUGCUGGGCUUUGGAGAUAUAUUUGCCCUAUUAUUUGAUAACAAAUACCUGUAUAUAAUGGACUUGAGGACAGAAAAACUGAUUAGCCGCUGGCCACUGCCAGAAUAUAGAAAGUCAAAGAGAGGUUCAAGCUUUUUGGCUGGUGAAAUGUCUUGGCUAAAUGGACUAGAUGGCCAAAAUGACAUGGGCCUGGUUUUUGCCACCAGUAUGCCAGACCACAGUAUUCAUUUGGUAUUGUGGAAAGAACAUGGCUGAAGAUGUGGUAGGAUAUUCAUGAGUCUGGGACUUAAAGCAGUGUGUCCAUGAAAGAAGACUUUGCAUGAACCAAAGUUGCACACCUAAUGGUAUCAUCAUGCAAUGCACAAUCACUUAUUUUUUGUUUUCUAGGGCAUUUGGGAGAGAUGGGCUUGUUUUGACAUAAUACAACACAGCAUGCUAACAUUAUUUGCCAAUUAAUUUAAUCUGUACUCAUAUUUAAGCAUACAUAUUUGGGUUUUCUUGACAAAGUAUAGAUUAUAAAAGUUUAAAUCACUCAGAUCUAUCAUUUAAGUCUAAAAUGAAGUGGUGUUUGAUCUGAAAGACUUCUGUCCAAUAUCUUUUGCUGAAACAGAAGGUGAAGCUACUAUCUUAUACAUGUAACAUCAAGUGCUAAUCACAGUGCUAAAACUGCACCAGUACACAGAAUACUCAGUGUAGAACUGCAUGAUUUCCUCAACUGUCAGCCUCUUCAGGAACUUGGUUUCUCCUUUAUUGUUACUAAGAGUUUAAAGUCUUAGCAACCUGCAGUCAAGGAAGCAGUAAAGUCCUUUUGCCACUAUCAGAAUAUUUCUUGAUGACAGCGAUUGCUUGUUUCGUUUUAAGUAGGGGCCUGUGUUCAUGUGAUAUUCCCUUCCAUUGGCCAGACUGGGGCAAAUUCUUAGAGAUAAGCAGCAUAAAUAACUGCAGGAUUUGAACGUGGAGAAUUUGUGGGCUAGUGUUUUUUACAGUUCACUGCUUGAGUGAAGUUGGCACAGAAACAAAGUGUCUUUUCCUGCACCGAGUAUAUAAUAAAACCAACCUGCUGGUUUAAUGUGCCAUUGCACAGUUAUUGAAUAAAUAUUUUGGAUCAUGUGUUGGUCUUUCCUCAGGGACUGAAACAUGGAAUAUUUAUUUGCACAAAAUUCUCCAACAGUUCACCCAGUAUGGCUUUAUUAACAUUGCAUAACUGUUUUUUAGAAUUUGAUUGUCAGAGCACAGUUUAAUCCAUACAUUUAGGGAAAACAUUAAGGGAAGGGAACUUGUUUAAGCCCUAGGCAGUAGGCUUUAGGCUCAUACAUGGUGUGUCAAAUGACAUCGAAGGGCUGUCCACCAUCCAACAUAAUAAUAGUGUGCUAAUGAGUACAGAAGUACCUGUUAAAUCUGGAUUGGAGAAUGAAGAUAAGGAUGAAAAUUGUGACAUUAUGAAUACACUCUGUUUUCAUAAGAGUUCAGGAGUUCUAAACAUGAAAGAAUAGAACUAAAAUAAUCCAUUGUACUCUUCUCUGACCAGUUUUACUAGGCCUCACUAAUGUAGGGGGAGAAGAUUUUUAGUAAAUAUUUUUUAAUAGUAGGUAUUCAAAUAUUAUGCUGAAUCUUUUAUAUUUAAAAGCUGUAUCCAUCAUUACCUGACUCCUAUGCUUUAGAACUGCAUUUCUACAUUUUGGAAAUAAAAUUUCCCCUCCAUGUC